AUGAGUCCUACAGCCUUCGUCAGUGGUGCCACUGGUUACAUCGCACAGCACAUAGUUGCCUUGCUCCUUUCUAAGGAUUACCAGGUGGUUGGAUCGGUGAGGAGCGAAGAGAAGGGCCAGCAUUUUGCCAAGCUCUUCAAUUCCUCCCACUUUAGCUAUGUGGUAGUCCCCGACAUUGCUAUUCCAGGGGCCUUUGAUGAAGCCUUUAAGGCUCACCCGGCUAUUUCCACCGUGUUCCACGUCGCCUCUCCGUUUCACUUAUCAAGUGAGAAUGUUGAGCAGAAUCUCCUUAAACCGCUGAUUGAGGGUACCAAAAAUAUAUUGAGUGCCAUAAAGUCCUUCGGAACGAAUGUCAGAAGAGUAGUGCUCACCUCGAGUGCUGCAGCUGUCGAAGCCACUCCUGGCUACGACUAUGCGGACAAGCUUGUCAAUGAAGACUCUUGGACCGAAUUGACCUACGAACAGGCUCUCAAAAAUGGUAUUGAUGGCUAUUCUGGCUCCAAGGUUUUUGCAGAGAAAGCUGCCUGGGAAUUCGCAAACAGUGAACACAAGCCUCACUUCGAUAUGGCUGUGGUCAACCCAGUUUUCGUUUUUGGUCCUCAAGCCUUUGAAUCUGAAGCCAAGGAAAACUUGAAUUCAAGUGUUGGACAUAUCGAUGCUUACCUUAAGCUCAAACCAACUGAUCCUUACCCUACCUUUGAAGGUAAAUUCACUGACGUCAGAGACGUUGCCAAAGCUCACAUCGUCGCUGCAGAAAGUGCCGAGGCUGCCAACCAGAGAUUGGUCUUGUGCAACGGAGGAUUUGUUCCCCAAAAGCUUGCCAACAUCAUCAGAGAACACUUCCCCAAGUUGAGAGAAACCAUUCCAGUGGGAACCCCUGAAAACGAGAAUGCUCCAUUGCAAAAUCCAUUCGCUGGUAAACUUGACAACUCUAAAACCAACAAGAUUUUGGGAUUCGAACAGAUUAGUUUGGAGCAAUCUGUCGUUGACACUGUCAGUCAAAUAUUGAAAAGCAGAGAGUAAUUAAAUAGAGCCUAACGAGAGUAAAUGAUAGGAUGAACCAAAAUAUAGAGACAAACAACGUUAAACGAG